AUGCCCACCGUCCACAUUGUCCUGUUCAAACUCAAGUCGUCCCUGAGUGACUCGGAAAAGAAAGAGUUCUGUGAUGAUAUGCUGGGCUUAAAGGCAACUUGCAUACACCCAACCUCGAAAGAACCCUAUAUCGUGUCUGCAUCAGGUGGUGUCGACAACAGCCCAGAGGGUGCUCAGGGCGGCUUCACACAUGGCUUCGUGGUCGAGUUCGCAUCAAGUGAAGAUCGGGAUUACUAUGUGGCCAAAGAUCCUGCUCACCAAGCCUUUGUCAAGAAAAACAGUCCAAGAUUUGACGAUGUCAGAGUGGUUGACUACGAGAAGGGGGUGUACUGA